CCAGAUCUCCACAGAGCUGCAGGAUGGGGGUGAUGGCGCCCCGAACGCUGCUUCUGAUACUCUCAGGGGCCCUGGCUCUGACCCAGACCUUGGCGGCGCAUCUAGAGCCCGCUCCUCUCCUCCUGUCUUCGUCAACCUGGGACCUGGGUCGGGCGCCUGGAAGAGGAUCCUGGGGUCUCAGCGGCUCCCUUCCCCAGGCUCCCACUCCCUGAUGUAUUUCUACACCUCCGUGUCCAGGCCCGGCGGGGAGCCCCGCUUCAUCUCCGUGGGCUACGUGGACGACACGCAGUUCGUGCGCUUCGACAGCGACGCCGAGAAUCCCAGGAUGGAGCCUCGGGCGCCUUGGAUAGAGCAGGAGGGGCCCGAGUACUGGGAGCGGAACACACGUAACGCCAAGAGACAGGCACAGACUGACCGAAGGAGCCUCAACACCCUGCGCGGCUACUACAACCAGAGCGCGGGCGGCUCUCACACCGUCCAGCACAUGUAUGGCUGCGACGUGGGGACCGACGGGCGCCUGCUCCGCGGGUAUGUUCAGAUAGCCUACGACGGCGGGGACUACAUCGCCCUGAACGAGGACCUGCGCUCCUGGACCGCGGCCGACACGGCGGCUCAGAUCACCCGGCGGAAGUGGGAGGCGGCCGGUGUCGCUGAGCAAGAGAGGGCCUACCUGGAGGUUCGCUGUGUGGAGUGGCUCCUCAGAUACCUGGAGAACGGGAAGGAGUCGCUGAGGCGCACAGACCCCCCAAAGAUGCAUGUGACUCACCACCCUAGGCCUAAAGGAGAUGUCACUCUGAGGUGCUGGGCACUGGGCUUCUACCCUAAGGAGAUCACCCUGAACUGGCAACGAGAUGGGGAGGACCAGACCCAGGACAUGGAACUUGUGGAGACCAGGCCUGCAGGGGAUAGAAACUUCCAGAAAUGGGCAGCUGUGGUGGUGCCUGCUGGAGAGGAGCAGAGAUACACCUGCCAUGUGCACCAUGAGGGGCUGCCUGAGCCACUCACCCUGAGAUGGGAGCCACCCCCUCAGUCCACCAUCACCAUCAUGGGAAUUGUUGCUGCUGUGAUUGUCCUUGUUGUCACUGGAGCUGUGGUCUAUUUUGUCAUGGGGAAGAAGAAAAACACAGGUGUAAAGAAAGGGCACUAUACUCCAGCUGUCUGUAAUGACAGUGCCCAGGGCUCUGAUGUGUCUCUCACUGCUGAGAAAGGGAGAGCAAGGAUCUGGGAUGUCCUGAGCAGAGUCAGAGAGGAGCUCAGAGGCACAGCCAGUCACUGAAGAUCUGGAGGUUAACAAAAGGAAUCCUGCAUUGAAUGAAGCAGUUUUGAGCAAAGACUGACAUGGUGCAUCUUUUCAAAGCGUCAUGCUAAUGGCUGAUCUGAGAAUACAAUUGAGAUGGGAGGACUCCCAAGGCAGCAGGGAGUGUUCCAGCAUCUGUCCUGGUGUCAGAUUAAAAGCAGGAAGGAAUCAGUAGUUCAUCGUGAUUCCAUUUAUAGUAAUGUGAAUUUAGGGUUGCCCCUUCCCCUAAAAUCAGCUAAGAAACAAAAACAGCAUGGUAUUGUCACCAGAGUAGACAUGCAGACCAAUGGUACAGGGAAACCGUCCUAUGCUGGAAAUGUUGGUCACUUCACCUGGUGUAUGAGCAGCGGAAAUAGUGGAAGUGUUUGGAUGCUACACACAUUUUGAAGUGGGACUUUACAGCACUUCCUAAGGAACUUAACUGGAGUAUGAGAAAGAGGAAGUAAGGAGAAUGCCAAGAAUUUGUGACUGUAAUCAGAAAGACAAGUUGCUUCAAUGAAGAAGGGAAGAUUUUCAGGGGCUUAUGUGAGGACAGGACUUUGCAGACACUCAGUGGAGAUGUUGAGCGGAGGUUUCAAACUGCCAUACCAACAGCUGAUGAUGAAACUGCUCUCAGCAGACAUGGGCUUCAUGUAAAUAUGCAUCUUUUGUUUGCCUGAUGUCAGUCUGGGACAAGGUGUGGUAGACGUGUCCUUGCUCACUUUCAAUUUCAGUAUGUGUCUUGUUUUAGGUUGAUAACAAACAUUUAGAGUCCAGUGCUAGUGCACCUAGCACCCAUUUGAGUAGCACUGCUGUAGACAAAAUAGACUUCCAGCAUCUACCUGGUGUCAGAUUAAAAUCAUCAAAGAAUCAGUAGUUCAUGGUGAUUCCAUUUAUAGUAAUGUGAUUUUAAGGUUGCGCUGUGGGAAGCCAUUCUCGCACAUGAUUGGGCACCUCUCAGAUUGGGUGUGAGGCACUCUGGCUAAACUGUGUCAGAGCUUUCCCCACCCUCUCCUGGUGUGAGAGCCUAUCUGUGUGGGAGUGUGACUGACCACUGACCCUGAGGCCAAUCACUGACCCUGACCUUGGAAUGCUGCCCCCCCUCAACCUUCAUUGGGUGGAAUUGUAAAGGUAAAAAUUCUAAGCUGAUUCCAAGCUGCAAGAGCUUGAGUUAAAGUGUAAGAGACAUUGUAAAGCUUCUAGGUUACAAAGCUUUGUAAAGCAUUGUAAAGCUUCUAGGUUACAAAGCCUGGGCUAAAAAGUAAAAGACAAUUGUUACAAUUAUAAAAGUCUAUUGUUACAAUUCCUCUGCUAUCCCCGGAACCUAUAAUCUCUGUAAAGUUGUUAGGACAAUGCUGGAACUGCCCAGUAAAUAUCUCCAUUGAUUCCCUGGUUGUUUAAUAGCUAAGAGCUCUAGGUAGCAAGGCACGUAAGCAUCUAGGCCCCAGAACCAAUCAGUUUAAAUGUGUACCCUGCUUAGA